AUGGAGGGCAGCGGAGCGGCGGAGGCGGCGGAGGAGAGCGGGCCCGGGCACAGCCGCCCCCCGCCGCCGCCCCCGCCCACCCCGGCCGGCCCCUGCGGCUUUAGCUCCUCCCUGUGCUUCAGCGCCGCCGCCGCCGAGCCGUUGCCUCCCGCCGGCGGCGGCCGAGUGGUGGAGAACCAGUGGGAGAUCAACAACACCGCCGGCCAGCCGGAGGAAGAGGAGGAGGAGGCGGUGGGGACGCGGGAGCGGCCGGCGGAGGAGCCCGACCUGGUGAUCGAGGUGUCGGGGCGUCGCAUCCGGGCGCACAAGUCCGUGCUGGCGGCCAAGAGUGACUACUUUCGCGCCCGCGCCUCACGGGACGUCCUGCGGGUGAAGGGGGUGAGCUACGGGGCGCUGCGGCUUCUCAUCGACUACGUGUACACGGCCCGCAUGGGCGAGGUGCGGCACGACAACCUGGCCGAGGUGGUGAGCGGAGCCCGCGUCCUGCAGAUGCCUUGUGCCCUGCACUGUGCCGCUGAGGCCAUGCGCGCCCAGCUCCGCCUCGACAACUGCUACCAGCUCCUCUGCCUGGCCAAGAAACAGCGGCUGGCCGAGCUGCGGGAAGCUGCCUACCGCUUCAUGAGUGACCACUACCUGGAGGUGCUGCGGGAGCCCGCCGUCUACGGGCGCCUCAGUGGCACGGAGCGGGAUCUCAUCCUGCAGCGGCGCAUGGAGGCCGGCCGGCCCUGCUUGCUGGUGGCGGAGGUCAGCGAUGCCUUUGAGCGGCCGGGUGGCAGCAGCCGGCCCCAGAGCCGCGAGAGCAGCCGGCCGCAGAGCCCCUCCUCCGUGGUGUCCCUGGAGGAGGGCGGCUCCCUCAUCCACUGCUACCAGGAGGCCAGUGGCGAGUGGCGGGUACUGACGCGCUUGCCCGAGGAGGCCAAUGCCAAGGGCUGUGCCAUGUGUGUCCUCCACAACUACCUCUUCCUGGCAGGGGGCAUCGCGGCAGGGCCGGCGGGCAGUGAGCCCCGGGCACGCCUUUCUGACAAGGUCUUCUGCUACAACCCCCUCACUGACACCUGGAGCCAGGUGCGGCCGCUGGCUCAGCCUCGCUCACAGCUCAAGCUUCUGGCCCUGGACGGCUACCUCUAUGCUGUGGGGGGCGAGUGCCUCUUCACUGUGGAGAGGUAUGACCCACGGGCUGACCGCUGGAGCCCUGUGGCACCGCUGCCCAAGGGUGCCUUCGCUGUAGCUCACGAGGCCACCACUUGCAACGGGGAGAUCUAUGUGUCGGGGGGCUCCCUCUUCUACCGACUGCUCAAGUAUGACCCCAAGCGUGAUGAGUGGCAGGAGUGCCCUUACAACAGCAGCCGUCGGCGCUCUGCUGACAUGGUGGCCUUCAAGAGCUUCAUCUACCGCUUCGAUGUGAGCAGUGGUCGUGGUGGGGAGCAGGGCCCAGGUGGUGGGACUGGCGGUGGUCUCGAAGUUUUCCGGUACAACACGGUGGCCAAGCGCUGGAGCCAGUGUGCAAGUCUGCGGCCCAGCAGCGGCCCCAUCCAGCCUUUCCGCUGCGCCCCCCUGGGCAACACCAUCUACUGUGUCAACCGGACUGGCACCCUCCGCUUCAACCUAGCCCAGGAUGGUGAGGUGGAAGCAGAUGGCGGGCUCAAGGGCACCUUUGACGGGGAGCUUCUUAAAGCUCCCUUGGAUGCCAAGGGUGUCCUCCUACCCUUUGUUCUCACCCUGCCUGAGAGGCUGGACAAAGCAGGGGACCAGGAAAGCUCCUUCCCGCUGUGAGGUGGCCAGCCUGGCUCUGGCCUCCCAAGCUGUAAGCUGGGUUGCAGCUGUGGGGGACCCACAGUCUUCCCUCCUAUAGAGGGGACCUUCUCUGUAGAGGGUCUGCAGAGAGAAGUGGCUCCCCCUUUCCUCCUCUUUAUUCCCAAGGCAUUGAGCUGGAGCCACGUGGAUGUAACAUGGUUUUGACUCUUCUUGUGUUUGCUGUGCUUUGUGUGAAAAGCCAAGCACAUGGAAGGAGAAGCUGCUAUAAAGGAUAAUCUCUGGAUUAUGUUUGUACCAUUCCCAAUAUGAGAAAAACUUUUUUACACCUGGAUUUCUAAAAACUUCCUGACAGCAGUGUUGUAAGGGGCCAUUACUGUUAGUGUUGGUCGCAUGUUUACAUAUAGUUGCAAUCUGGGCUGGGCCUUUUCUGCCAUUUGUUUUCUUUCUCCCCGGGGUGGAUACCAAGGGGUAAACAUUGCUGGCAAUGUAGCUUAGCUGCAUUUGUUUUUAUGUUAAACCAACUAUUUCCUGUGUUAAAAAAAGUAUAGGAAGAUCAUCUCCAUCACAGCCUUUCAUUUCUGGUGCAAUAGAGGGUUUAAGGAAGACAUGGCACUGUGUGGUCCCAGGAAUUUCAACCACAGCUGAUUUAAGAGAUACCAGACUUCAAGUUUUCAGUACCACAAACAUAUGCCACGUUUGUAUUUGGAAUACAAAAAAAAAAAAAAAAAAGGCAAGCUGCCUUUUAAAAUGUGGUAUACUAUAGCAGAUAGGAAAUGUUGGGAUGUUCUUUAUUUGAAAAUAAAAAGCCAAUGGGUUCUGUAUGAAAAUACAUCAUUUUAUUAUCUUUUUUAUAAGAGAUUUAAAAUUAUAACAAAACCGAACUGAAGCUGUUCAGGCUGCAACUGAUUGACAUGACCAUGUAUGCCACUAGAGUUAGGGGAAACAUUUACUACUUCAGCUGCUCUUUCAUUAAUUGCAGGUCAAGGAAAAAUAACCUAAACCAAAUUUCAAUUCUUUGAAACUGCAGACAGCUUAAAUGUUUCACUUGUAAGUUCAGUAUCCUGUGGCAAGAGGCUUUUCCAACUUAGUGCAAGACCAUCCAAGGACAUGGAAAAUAGGAAUGCGCUACUCACAUUGAUUAUAUUGUGAACUAGCGUGAUGUUAAUUCUCUAUCUUUUGAUUAAGAGCCUGCUUUAUUUUGAUUUAGUGUUUGCUAUAAUCAGUAAGUCCUUGUUAAUUGCACUAUGUGUUGAUAACAUACCCUGUCACUGGGAUUCUGAACCACCUGAGUGCUGUUUGUGGAGCAGCAUCCUAACGAGAUGAACUGUACAAAGCUUCUUCCUGCCUGUGGAAAGUUGGAGCACACUUUUUAACAAGUUACUUAGAACUGGAGAAGUGUAAACUGUCUGUAUGGACAGACUAUAUUGAAAAGGGCACUUGCAUUUUUUAAAAUAUAUUUUAUUUAAAAAACAAACAAACAAACAAUAGACAAGGCAAAUGUUUUAGCUUUACAGUAAAACACUGAAAACCUUUCCUGAAAAAAAGAACCAGUUUUUGCUGUUGCAGUUCCGCCUGGAACUGGCACGGACUGUGGAAGGGAAUUGUUUAUAUUCAAAGCUCUAGAGUAGUUUCAUAAUUUAGAAAGACAUAGGGGCCUUACAUCAAAGAAGGCAGAUCUUGUGCUUCAUUAAGAUGUUUCUGUUAAACAGGACAUGAGCAUUCCUAAACAUUAUUACUAGCUCCAAAGGAAGGCAGCAGGCUCUGUCCUAAGAGACACCAUUUUCACAAAAGAGUGAAGUUUAUAGAUACUUCUUUCCUUCACUUCCAUGUUUGUUUGGGUUUUUUUACCUUUUCUCCAUCUGUCUUGCACAGGGUUUUAAUGCAGCUGAUCUGAUUAGCCAUCCUAUAGAAAACAGUGGCCCUUUCCUAAAAGUUCUUAACCAAGCAAGUCUAUUCCCUACUGAGCUAAUUAAUGCAUCACUUAGGUAGGAGCUGUAGGCUGGCAGAGUGUGACCCUUUUCUUAGCCUCAGUACAGGUUGAUGCAGUGGAAUCUAACACCACAGAUGGCAUAUUCAUUAGUGAUUCACAAAGAAAUUGUUAUUUUUCACUGAAGGAUGGACUUAAUUCUCAGACAAGAAUCCUUGGAAAUGCUGACUGUAAAUUACAGCUUUGCAGCUUGAGCAGGAAAGAAAAAGGAUGUAUUUGCCUUCAGCAUCAUUUUUAUGUUAACUGUAGAAAUAUUGCAGGCUGUGUAGUGAAACACAUGCAUACUUAAACUAAAGACAUAAGUGUUAGGCAAGAUUUUGAAUUAGUGGAGUCACCGCAAACACACAAGGAAGAGUCUGUUUUAUCUUACAAUUUCAUAGAUCAAAAUACUAUGUAGUAUAGUUCUUAUACUACAGCAUAGUGAGGAAUCAAGCCAGCUCUUGCAUUCCUGUUAAGCAUUUUCAUUCCUGCUAAUGCAUAAAAAUGCUUGUAAAUGCUUCUAAAUUGCUUUCAGGAAGGAACAGAUCACUUAGUCCAGUAUCUGUUGCUGUACAACACGAAGAAAUAUAUUUGGACAUAAUCUUCACAGUAAUAAGUGUUCUAGGAACCUGCAGUGGUUUGUAUUUUUGCUAGCUCCUAUUGCUAGAAAAGGUUGAAUCAAGUGCUUACGCGCUUUCACUGUUCACAGUGUGAGGGCAGAAUCUGGUCUUCAUUAGUAGCUGUCUGUCAAACCUGUUUCCUUUGUACACUCUUUGCAUAAUCACAGCCUGAUGAUUGACAACAGAGGCAUGUUUCUAGCCAGAUUUCCUACUCUGUGGCCUCUGUUUCCUCCCUGGUAAGCCUGAGGCAUGCUUGCUUAGAGUUGUUUUUUGACCUGGUUAUAUCUUCGGCAUAUCCAAAAAAACCACACCACCAAACUUGGGUACUAAAACCAGACUUAUGUAGACUUCAGGCAUUGAAGACCAAAAAUGUCACCCCAGAACUCUCCAGUUUAACUUAACUGAUCAACCACUGUCCCUUUGACGUGUGGAGGUGCUGAGCAGUUCCCCUCCACCCAUUCAGAGCUGCUCACCUCUGAGCGGUUAUCUACCAAGCUACUGCUUAUGCUCCUUUGAAACAAGGUGAUGAGAUACCCAGCAGCCACGGGUGUGAUACGGUGUUAUGGUACAAACUAAAGGACCAGGCCUCCCUCAAAUUGUGUUUGCCUAUGUUUUGCUUUUAAAACAGAGCUAUUGUAUCUAAUAGCCAGAAGGGUACUGUGUUUGCAUGGGAAUAUGGAGAUUGUAUUUUCAGCCUGCAAGGAUUCAAUCCAGAUCUCCCACCACCUGAUUGGCAAUGGACUGAAGAACUUCCUGGAGCUAAUCCCUGAUCUCUAAAUAUUUUUUUUUGCAUUUUGUAUUGUACAUUCAUUGGCUAAAAAUCUCAGAAAUUAUCCAGGUAGGUGGAUUCAAACUUUCAUCCUCAUUGAGUGAUCUGAGACUAGAUGGAGACACAGUCCUCUCUGCUGUCUUUCUGUUCCAUGAAUCUCUUGGUCCCCUUCUCUCAGUUUUAACAGGAUAUGGAGGAGAUAAUUUUUCUGCUUCCUCCUCCCUACAGUACUCCUGUUCUCAGAGUCAUCUACUAGAGGAUGUAGGCUUGAAUUCCCUUAAGUUGAGUAAGGACUGAACUCAAGCCUCCCACUUCACGUGUGUGUGUUCUCAAAUCUAGAUGACUAUUUAGAAGCAGAGUAUUGGGACCACCUCCUACAGCUCAGUUUCAGGGAUGAACCUCAUGCAUAUCCUCCAAAAGCACACAUAGGCUUCUGCACCUUGAAUUCUGGCUAGAUUCCAGGCUCCAGCUCCUGAAUGGGUAAUUCAGGACACAUUUAGUACAUGUUGGUGCAAUUGGGCAAGUUUUAUUCUGUGAAAGCUUUUCCAGACAGGCUCUGUGUUUUGGGUUGCCCUGAGCUGAGGGACUCCGUGCACUGGACUGGGAGGCCAAGCAUGUAAUUUGAAUUCUUCUCAGGGGCAAUGCCUUGGUAAAGAGGCCUUGCAGUGCCUAACAUGGAAAUGCUGAAAGCCUUCAUUGCAUCUGAAACAAAAUCCCUGCUUCAGUGAAGAAACAAGCCCACUUAGCAAAUGUGAAUAACAGAUGGAACUUUACUCUUUCCAUCUAUUAAGUGGUUCCAUAAAAAAAUAUUAAUUGCAGCAAAGGCAUUUGUACAAAUUCUGUUUACACUUGGAAACUGAGUCCAAGGAAUAAUUGGCAAAAGAAUAAUGCCUGUUUCUGAUCAAAACAGGCACUGUUAAACAACAUGGGAAGGAUGAUAAUCUUACCCUGUUAAUGAAUAAAGUUGUGCAGUAGCUGAUGUAAAUUCUGUCCACAAAAAAAUUUCUUUGUAAAUAAGUACCUGGUAAAGUACAAAGUGGUAAAAUAAUAAAUUAUUCACAUGAAA